AAGAAUGUCCUCCGACGAAGAUGACGCGCGAGAGAUGGCUCAGAUGCGCGCCAUCGCCAAAGCUCAGCAUCGCUCCAAUGGGCGUGCUGCUGCUACUCCCUCUGCGAAUACCAUGGAGGAGUUUUACGAGGCAGACCAGCUGAGAGGCCACUUUCCCGUGUCUUUUGGAAGGCAAGAGAAGUCGAUAGCAUCUGUAGAGGUUGUCCACACGCUCACAAAGCGAUCGAGCAGCGAAGACGAGACCCAGCUUAACAAAAAUCUUAGCGAGCGUUUGAAGAAAGUAGCGGAAGCUAACCAUAACUUGGAGCGUCCAAGCGAGCAAAGUUUGAGCACUCGAGAAGACGGCUCUAUGGUUGGGCCGCCGAGACCAGAGGAGGAAGAGGCAGCAGCAGAAGAAUUGAUUGGACCUCCUAGACCGUCUACGGCUGCUCUAAGUGACGAGAAAGAUGAUACCGAGCCUGCGUUGAUCGGUCCUCCUCGACCAAACGAUGGAGCUGGCAGUGAUAGUGACGAAGAAGAAGAAGAGGACGAUGACGAAUAUCAUGUUCCUCUAAGCAAUGAGAUUAUUCUCGGGGGACACACAAAGGUUGUUGCCGCUUUGGCCAUUGAUCCUUCUGGGUCCAGAGUUUUGACAGGGAGCUACGACUACUCGAUCCGGAUGUAUGAUUUCCAAGGCAUGGAUUCCCGUCUGCAGUCGUUCAGGCGGAUUGAGCCGUUUGAAGGACAUCAGAUGCGAGCAAUUAGCUGGAGUCCCUCGGCGGAUCGUUUUCUUGCUGUGACAGGGUCUGCAAGAGCCAAGAUAUUUGACAGAGACGGUCUUUCAUUAGGCGAAUUCAUCAAAGGUGAUAUGUACAUACGGGACUUGAAGCACACUAGCGGGCAUAUUUCUGGUUUGACGGGUGGUGAGUGGCAUCCGUCGGAGAAGAACACGAUAUUAACAUCGUCGGAAGAUGGAUCAUUACGAAUAUGGGACGUGACCAACUUGAAAUCUCAGAAACAGGUCAUCAAGCCUAAACUUGCAAGACCAGGUCGUGUUUCUGUUACGGCUUGCGCAUGGGGUUUAGAAGGAAAAACGAUCGCGGGGGGAUUGGCAGAUGGAUCCAUCCAGAUCUGGUCUAUCAAACCAGGAUGGGGCAGCCGUCCGGAUAUUUAUCUGAGUAAGGCCCAUGCCGCGGGUGACGACGUAACUGCGAUCCGGUUUUCUGUUGAUGGUUACACAAUGGUUUCCAGGAGCACCGACGCUACUCUAAAAGUUUGGGACAUCCGGAAAGCUCGAGAACCUCUGAAAGUGUUUUCAGGGCUUCCUUGUUUUUACGCACAAACGAAUUUGGCCUUCAGUCCAGAUGAGCACCUAAUUCUAACUGGUACUUCUGUUGAGAAGGGAGGAAAUGCCGGUGGACAGCUUUACUUCUUUGACAAAAGGCAACUUGAGCUUGUUCGGAAAACCGGGAUAUCCUCGUCAGGAAGUGUUGUUUGCUGUGCUUGGCAUCCGCGAUUGAAUCAGAUAUUUGCCACUACGGGCGACAAAAGAGAAGGCAAUACUCACGUAUUGUACGACCCGGUUUUGAGCAAGAGAGGAGCGUUGGUUUGUGUUGGGCGGGCUCCACGAAAAAAAUCUGUGGACGACUUUGAAGCUCCACCAGUGGUUAGAAAUCCGCAUGCUCUACCUAUGUUCAGAGACGAACCAAGCCGCAAGCGUCAACGAGAAAAGGCUCGAAAUGAUCCUCUGAAAUCCCGGAGACCGGACCUACCCAUCAAUGGUCCUGGUCAUGGUGGUCGUGUGGGUGCGACAAAGGGAAGCUUGCUCACUCAAUACUUACUGAAGGAGGGUGGAGCAAUGACGGAGAACUGGAUGGAGGAGGAUCCUCGGGAAGCAAUAUUGAAGUAUGCCGAACUUGCUGCAAAAGAUCCCAAGUUUAUUGCUCCUGCAUACGCACAAACUCAGCCGGAACCAGUUUUUGACACAACUGUUUCGGACGAGGAAGAGAAAUGAACAAUCUUGUACCAUACAGAUUACAGGCCACACAGCUUGGCGUCGAUCAGGUUAGUGUUCCUACGCAACCAGAACUUCGCCCAUAUGUAAUUUUUCUUUGCUUGCAACAACAGGUUACCUCAUUCAUCUUUCGUCUCCCGUCCAGAAGUUUUUUUGCUUGGGUCCAGUGGGACCUUCUUCGCCAGACAGUUCGUUCGGAAACCUGUUAAAGAUAUCUUCGAUGGACCUCCUUAUCUUUUUGGGAAGGAAUUUGAACACCUUUUCCAGCUCGGUCCUGGAGUUAUACUGGA